GGAUUCUAGUUUUUGUUACUUUCUCUCUCCUCAAAAUUUCUUUUACUACUACUAUUUGUAGUGCUCUCACUACAUCCCACGAGCUUCCACUUGCUUCAUUCCAUUCUUCACUCCAAUCAAUCAUCCUUUUUAAUUUCUUUCUUUCUUUUCUUAUCUCAUCACCUUCUUCUAUAAGCCCCCCACAACUCAUUUCUUCAAUCAUACAUUACAUUACAUUCCAUCUUCUUCCCUAACCUCUGAACUUUCUCUCUCCAUCUCUAAAAAAAACUUCAUCAUUCUCUCUCUAGCCUUCUAAUGGCGAGAGAAACAAUAACAUGGUUAAGCAGACUAAAAUCCCAAAUCUCACACAAACUAAUUCACCCAACAACAAAGAUAACAACUCGAUCAAAAUCCAAGAAUGUUGGAGUUUUAUCUUUUGAGAUCGCCGGUCUCUUAUCGAAGCUACUAGCACUCCACCAUUGUUUAUCAGAUAAGAACAUUGUUCGUCUCAAGAACGAAGCGAUCUCACUCGAAGGAGUGAGGAAGAUCGUAUCGAACGACGAGAAUUUUCUUCUGGGGUUAGCUUGUUCUGAGAUGGUUCAGAGUAUUCAUGUUAUUUGUAAGACCGUCGCACGGUUGAGUGACCGUGCGACGGACCUUACAUUGAGGUCUUUUUAUGAGUCGGUUGAGGAUUUCGCCAGCACAGGGCGGGACCAGCAUGGGUGGGCCGCCCUGUGCGGGAAAGAUUUUGAAGGGUUGGUUAGGAGGAUUGACAGAUACAUCGCAGCGACUGCUGCGCUGUAUAGGGAGAUUGAGGAACUAAACACGCUUCAGAAUAGUCUGAGGAAAACGCCCCCGGAUAGUCCGGGGGCGUUGGACGUGCAGCAGAAAGUGGUGUGGCAAAAACAGGAGAUUAAGUACGUUAAAGAGAAAUCCCUUUGGAAUAGGAGUUAUGAUUCGGCUGUCCUUUUGUUGGUUCGGUUAAUAUUUACUGUUCUAGCAAGGGUUAAAUUCGUGUUCGGGAUCGGACAGAGUUACUACCCUCUCCCAAGCACGCUUCCGAGGAGUCUGUCUGCUUCGGCGACCGUUUUUCCUCAUUCAGAUCUCAACAAUAAUAUGAACAGCCUUAAUUCUUACGUGUCGGGUCCGUUGACGUCCACCCCCCUCCGCCUCAACAAGAGGGGGGUCGGAAAUGGUUCCAGAACCGGAACCAGACUUGGGUUCUUCGAGUCUAAAGCCAAGGACCUGACACCGCCCUCAACUACAUUGGGGGCGGCGGCCUUGGCUUUACACUACUCCAACUUGAUCAUCGUCCUAGAAAAAAUGAUCAAGUCACCCCACUUGGUGGGGCUAGACGCGAGGGAGGAUGUUUAUUCUAUGCUCCCGCAUAGUAUAAGAUCUUCCCUUCGCGCGCGGCUAAAAGGGGUCGGUUUCUCAGCGACCGACCCCGUUUUAGCCGCAGAGUGGAGGGACGCCCUCGGGCGAAUCCUCGCCUGGUUGGGCCCGUUAGCCCACAACAUGAUCAAGUGGCAAAGUGAAAGGAGUUUCGAGCAACAACAUCUAAUGCCCAAAUCAACCAACGUUUUGUUACUACAAACGUUACAUUUUGCCAACAAAGAUAAAACAGAAGCUGCAAUUACAGAAUUACUAGUUGGGUUAAAUUAUAUAUGGCGAUUCGAGCGCGAAAUGAAUGCUAAAGCCUUGCUCGAAUGCUCAAACUUCUUCUUCAACAACAAAAAUAGUUCACCAAUCAAUCUACAAUGAUAUUAUUAGUAUAGCAAUCAACUUGUAAUUUUUUUAAAAUUUUUUGGGGGUUGCUUUGAUUGAUUUUUAGUUGUUAUUUUUAAUUAAUUAGAAUUCAAUCAACUCAUAAAAUGGGUGGAUUUUAAUUUUGAGAUCUCAUUGAUUAUUGAUGAGAGAUUAAAAGGGUCUUUUAAGGCAAAUUUGACCCUAGAAAUUGUAUAGUUUGUAGUACUUAAUCCUAAUACUUAAUUACUUUUAUUAGUACAAAUAAAGGUUUGUUUGGUUGUA